AUGACUGACCAAGAAAUGAACGUAGAGAGAGAAGAACAUGCACAAAGGGAGACUAUUAAAUUAUUAUGUCUGAAUCUGAAUGCGAUAAGGCAACAACAUCUUCCGAUAUUCUACGAAGUUAUACCUGGUUUUGCUAGUUGUUUUAAUUGUAAAAAAGCGUUACAUUAUGAAAGUAGUACAAAAUAUAUGAAAAGUCAUAAUUGUAUACCUUCAACAACAAUAAACGAAGGACCAUUAGCUAAAUAUUUAAAUAAUAAGAAAGUUACCGAUGUUCAAAAACAAGACAAAGAUCAAAUGAAACAAAAAUUAACUCAAUGGAUUUGCUCAUCAGUUCCAUCAUUUAGUAUUAUUGAAGAUUUCGGAUUAAAUGAAGUAAUUCAAGAAGCUGUUCGUAUUGGUCAAAAGUAUACUAAUCCAGUUAAUGUUAAUGACAUUCUUGUUAAAACAGAUUCAAUUGCAAAUCAUGUUCGUUGUUUAGCUGAACAAUAUAGGCAAUCAUUAAAACUAAUUUUAAUUGAACAAGCUGAAGCUGGAGUGUUAUGUAUCAAUCCGGAUUUAUGGAGAGAUAAAUAUCUUGAUAUGAAUAAAGAAAUACAAGAUAAUUAUAGUGUAGCAUUAAAACAAUCAAAUGUAACAGGAUGGUUGUCUUUAUCUAGUUUAUUAGAAUCAAUUGAAAUAUCAAUAGAACAUGCUCGAUCAAUAAUAUCAUCGAAACCAGCAGCUGUUAAACAAAAAGUCUGUAUAAAUAAAAUUAAUAUUGAAAGUAUUAAAGAUUUAGUUUGUUUAUUGAAACCAUUUAAACAUGUAUCGACAUUAGUUCAAACUGGGGAUACACCCUCAUUGCAUAUGGUUUAUGUUGCUAUAAAUAAACUAGAACUUCAUCUUGAAGAAAAGGAUAUUGAUCAAGAUGGAAAAUGUAUCAUUAUUGAUGCUAGACAUGAAGGAAAUAAUUUCUUUCGACAAUGUUUGCGACAAUUAUUAUCAACGAUAUUUUCAUUUGAUAAUAGACAUUUAGCAGCUGCACUAUUACAUCCACAAUAUCGUAAAUUAACAUAUGCCGAUGAUUAUCGAAGAGGUAUUACACAUGUUUAUGUUCGUGAACAAAUUAAAAAAAUGUACGGAAAUGUUAAUCAGCAAAAUAAUGAGUUGGCAACAAUAGAUGAACCAUCGAAAAAAAAAUAUAAAACGAUGGAAGAUCAAUUUAUGGACCCUGAUGACAAUGAUGCUGAUAAUAAUUUAACAACAUCUCGAUCGCUUCUAGAUGAACUAGAUAAAUAUUUAAAAAUGGCAAUUGAUGUGCAAUUCAAACAGCCAAGUCCACUAGUAUUUUGGAAAGAUCAUCAGCAGAAAUUUCCGUAUCUGGCAAAGCUUGCUCGACAUUUAUAUUCAAUUCCAGCAACGUCUGCUGGAGUCGAGAAGCAGUUUAGUGCCGCGGGUCUUGUAAUUAAUAAACGACGAUCAUCAUUAAAUCCUGCUACUGUAGAAGCUAUAUUAUUUGUACGAUCAAUUCAAAAAUCACUUGAAAAAGAUCCACAUCUAUUUUCCUAA